AUGAACCUACUGCAGCUCUCAGUCUUUGUGAUAUUGUUGGUAAUUAUGGAGAGUGAUCAGGUUUCCGCUCGGUAUGAAAGAGUGGGCAUUGUUAGCGAUCCUGUGAAACUACUUCUUCAAGAUAGUUAUUCAUCACUGAGAAGCCUCAAUGAUGAUGUACCAUACAAAAGACCAUUUAGACAGGUUUACAAACGUCGCUACUCUUCCUUCCCGCCAUCUUUCUACAGUAGCACAUUCGGCUUUGGUGAUAUGCCGGGGAAUCGAAGGCAUGUCUUUUUACCGUACGCUGAUCUUCUUUUUAAUGGACGGUGA